AUGUCGGGCGCACGCGGCUUGGCCCGGCCCGCGCGCCUUGCCGCGAGGAGGAGCGGGCCCUUCGCCAGGAGGCUGCCGGAGGGCAGGGCCAGUGCCAGCAGGCUGCUCUCAGGCUUCCGCGGCAAGUCCUCCGCCGUGAUCGUCGAUGGCGGCAAGGUGCCCGACGACGUCGUGGCCGAAAUGGCCCGCGCCAGCGGGCAGCACGAGCGCCCUCUGGACGUGUUGGCGGUUGGCCAGAGAGGCACGAUGGCAGCCCUCUCGGCCCUCGCCCAGCUGCGGCAGGAGAGCCAGUCCCCAACUUUCACGGUCAGCAAGAUCGAGCAAGAGGACAUCAUCGCGCAGGCCCGGCCCGGCUUCCGGGUCGACGGGCACAACAAUUACCGGCUGAACGUGCCGGAGGCGAGCCUGUGGGAGAAGGUCCCAGGGGAGCGGGUGGCGAGCCGACUCAUGGUGGGCAACCAGACGGAAGUGAUGCCGCUCGCAAAGGCAAUCGCAGCCCGCGUCAAGGAAGUCCCCGAGGGCGGGUCCAUCUCCGUGGAGACGACGGUCGGGGGCCGAGACGAGCGGCGGCUGCUCCGCGUCUCGAGGCUGGUGCACGCCGUCGCCAGGGCUCUCCACUGGCAGGUGAGCCCCGUGGAUGCCACGCGGCCGACGCGGCCGUUCCGGUGCGCGGCGUCCCUGGUGGGCGACCAGGCGCCCGCCGCCGCGGAUGGCCAGGGCACCGUGUCGCCGGUGCUGCGCGUGGAGGUGGUUCCAAGUGGCCCUGUUGGCGGUGUUGCUCUGAGUGUCCCGGCGGAGUGA